GCCGCGUCAGGGCGUCAGUCCGGUGCCGGUGGUGACCAUACACGUACCUCGCCGUCGCCGUCGUGCGCGCGGCAGCAGCGCGUCAGCUCCUCACGACCAAGUCCGCAGCGCUCGCCGCCGACCCCAAGCCGGCCGACGACGUCCACGAGGCGCGCCGCCCCUCCUCGUCACCGUCCACGCGGCGUCCAAGACCGAGCACCUCCCCGCCGCGCACCACCGCGCCAGCCAGAGGCCCAGGCGGGCUGAUCGAUAAUCCGGCAGUUGUUGUACCUCGGCAGCCAUGACCGGACCAGAAUCUGCGAUGGAGGCGGGCCGCACGGGAGCCCCGCCGGCCUACAAGUCGCCCUUCCCGCAGAGAGCGACGUCCUGGCUCCCCAUCGUGGACCAGGGCUGCUGCUGCUGCACGCUCCGGACCUGCAACCUGGUGCAAGGCUGGAUGUCGCUGAUUGGUGGCGUGGUGAAUAUAGUGAAAUUAAUCUACGCAAUGUGCGUGCCGAACAUCAUGAAAAGGGUCUGCGACCAG